AGAAACCCUAAUCCCCAUUUCCACCGCCAUCUCCGUCCGGCUUCCAGGACGGUAUGUUCUUACAGUUGCAGGCGAGUUGAUCUGCUCAGCCAAUGAGGGGAACCAUUGGAAGAAGACUUCCUUAUUGCAGCUCCAGCUUCACCAGUAAUGCCUCCGCCAGACAAACCUUAGUUCUCUUCUCGACUUCUUCCUCCGGCGGCGGCGGCGGAAGAGGCCGUGGCCGAGGCGGGCCCGCUCGGUUCGAAUUCACGGUCCCUGACGAUGAGUCAAGCUCUACUGGCUUCGACUUGGGUGCGCCUGCUCCGGGCAAACCUUUCCCCGAGGACGAUGCGGCGCCUCCUGGGCUGGGCCACGGCCGCGGCAGGCCUGCACCCGCCUCUCCAACCCUGCCGUCGUUCUCCUCCUUCGUUGCCACUGUUGGAAGAGGACGCGGCCGAGCCCAGCAGCCCCCUGCGGACUCGGAUUUCAAGAAGCCCAUCUUCUUCAAAAAGGAGGAGGGGCCUCCCAAGUGGGCGGCGCCCCCCUCUGAUGCUGGGAUUUCGGAACCGCCAGCAGAGGCUAAGGAAGAGGGUCUGAAUCGCAAGAUCUCUGCUGGCAUAAUAUCAGCUCUCUCCGGAGCUGGCCGGGGUAAAACUGUCCAGCAGCCCGGCCCUGAACAUCCGGUAGAAGAGAACCGCCACCUUGGGCCAAGGCCGCCAGGUGCCCAUUCCGGAGUUAUCCAUAGAAAUUCAGCUAAGAGGACUGUGGGGAUUCUUUCCGGUGAUGGACCAGAAGGCAGCACGGUCAGUGGACGAGGCGGUGGCGGGAGAGGAAGAUGGACAGGGUUCCAGGGAGGGAGAGGGUUCCGGGGACGUGGCCAAGGGAGAGGUGCAUUUGGGCGGGGAGGCCGCGGAGGAGCCUCCAGAGAAAGGUGGGAGAGAGAUGCUGUCAAUGAGGACUCCAAGGAGGGAUCAGAGGAUGAGGACGGGCUUUAUCUCGGGAACAAAGCAGAUGGGGAGGAGUUUGCUAAUCGGAUGGGGGUUGAGAGAAUGAACAUGCUUACCGAAGCAUUCGAGGAGAUAGGCGACCGGGUCCUGCCUUCUCCCGCCAUUGAGCAGCACUUGGAUGCAUUCCAUACUAACUGUCUGAUAGAGUUCGAGCCUGAGUACUUGAUGGAAGAGUUUGGUACCAAUCCCGACAUAGAUGAAAAACCGCCUAUUCCUCUUAGAGAAGCGCUUGAGAAGAUGAAGCCAUUCUUGAUGAAAUAUGAGGGAAUUGAAAGUCAAGAAGAAUGGGAGGAAGUUGUGAAGGCAACGAUGGAUCAAGUCCCAUUGAUGAAAGAGAUCGUGGAUUACUACAGUGGACCGGACAGGGUUACGGCCAAGCAACAACAGCAAGAAUUGGAAAGAGUCGCAAAAACCAUUCCCCAAAGUGCACCUGCUUCGGUUAAGCGAUUUGCUGAUCGGGCCGUCCUCACUCUCCAGAGCAAUCCUGGGUGGGGAUUCGACAAGAAAUGCCAAUUCAUGGACAAGGUCGUGUGGGAGGUUUCUCAGCAAUACAAGUGACUUUGGAAGAGGCCGGUCCAGUGCUGGUUGCCCAAGAAGUUCGUUGCAUCAGUAGGUAAAUUAUCUAUACAGACCACAUUGUUAUAUGUUCGGAGAUUGAGGAGUUCGCGAGGUGGGGCACUGGUGAGCAUCUUGUAACGGAAUCCGAUCACAGAUGUAGUUUAACAUUUCUAUGGAGCUUCGGAUACCUUUCGUAAGAGGCUUGUUCAUCCUUGGGCCAUUUCAUUAGUUUGGAUCUCGAGGCAGUUAUAAUAAGGGUCAUGGCCAGUCAGGUCUUCUGUGUACAUGAUCUCUUUCAAAGUCCGGAUAUCUUUCGGUACUUAUCUGUACUCUUAUCCUCGCUGAGGCUGCUCAUUUCGUAAGCUUCGGAGAUUUUACCGAGUUGCCCAAUUUUUUUGUAUCUGCGGCUGCUUGCUAUGUUCUCUACUUUUAUGGUUAGUGUAUUUUCGCUGUUCAUUAGA